CGUUUCGCCUCGCGUUUUCUCUAUUAUUAGCUUCUCCAUAAAUUAUGCGUGAUGAACUUUGCUGCUCUUGUCAUGUGCACCAGAUGAACGGAUGAAUCCGCGCGUCCCCGCUAAGUAGACGGUACCGUCCGGCCUCGGGUCAAAGUUCAUAAGAAGUCUGCAGUGCGUGUUCCGCUCGUGCCGGAUUUUUAAAUUUGUUUAUUUUGGAACAGGUGGUCAUUUUAUUUCCGUCAGAAAGAUGGCCUCAGGUAAAGAUUCGGGCUACGGUCAGCCUGGCGCUCAACAAAGCUAUGGCUCUUUUGCUGGGUCCCAGGGCUAUCAAGCUGGACAGGGAUAUGGUCAGGGUAACGGCAGCAGCUCGUACGGUGGACAGAGUUAUGCCGGUUAUGGACAGACUGGUGGAGAGAGCUACGGCCAGUCGUCUCAGGGUUACUCUUCUGGUGGCUACGGUCAGCAGCAGCCGCAGGGCUUUGACAGCUACGGACAUCAGGUACCCGAAUCCUCAUCCAGUUAUGGUGAGAAGUCGUAUGGGCAGCAGCGGUCUUACGGACAGCCGUCAGCAGCAGGAGCUGAUGGGGGAGCGCUAGGUCAGUCCGGUGGCUCAUACGGGGGGUCUCAAGGUGGAUAUGUGCGACGCGGUGAUGGUGAUUCCCGGAGGUAUGGGGAUGACAGUGGCUCGGACCGGUCGGAGGGUUACAGGGGCAGAGGUCGUGGGGGUUAUGACCGCGGGGGCUAUGACCGAGGUGGCCGGGGCGGCCCACCCUCCGGUAUGGGUGGUGGUGACCGUGGUGGCUACAAAAAUUACGGUGGAUCCAGAGAGUACGGUCAGAAGGAUGAUGGAGAUGGUGAUCAGGAUAACUCGGACAAUAAUACCAUCUUUGUCCAAGGGCUCAGUGAAGACGUCACCCCUGAGGAAGUGGGUGACUACUUCAAACAGAUUGGAAUCAUUAAGGUCAAUAAGAAGACGGGCAAACCUAUGAUCAAUCUGUACACUGAUAAAGCCACCGGACGACUGAAGGGUGAAGCCACCGUGUCCUUUGACGAUCCUCCCUCAGCCAAAGCUGCCAUUGACUGGUUUGAUGGGAAAGAAUUUAAUGGAAAACCCCUCAAGGUGUCGUUUGCUACCAGAAGGGCGGAGUUCACUCAGAGAGGAGGGGGACGAGGACGUGGUGGCGGUGGCGGCGGUGGUUUUCGAGGCAGAGGUGGUGGUGGCUUUGGUGGAGGUCCCUCGUUUGAUGUCAAGGGUGGAGACUGGCCUUGUCCCAACAGCUCUUGUGGCAACAUGAACUUUGCCAGAAGAUAUGAGUGCAACCGGUGUGGAACAUCAAAACCAGAAGGCGAUAGUUAUGGAGGUGAUCGCGGUGGUCGGGGCGGGUACGGAGGGGACCGCGGCGGCUACAGAGGCGGCAGAGGAGGAGGCUUCCGGGGUGGAGACCGUGGAGGAUAUGGUGGUGGAGGAUACAAAAUGGGUGGAAGGGGAGACCACAGAGAGGAGAGACGAGGACGGCCGUACUGAAGCCUUCACGUGGAUGCCAUUCCAGACCUGUGUUUAUUGUGGGGUGGGGAGGAGAGGGUAGGGUUCAGGGAGAGGUUUGUGUCUGCAAUCCUUUCUGUUGCAUGAGUGUCCUGCAUAUACUGUCUGAAAUGAGCAGUUUUUCCCAUAAAUGUUGAAUCUACUGUGAGGGGCUGAGUGAAGGGAACGGGGCGAAGUUGAUCUCUGACACUUUGUACAGCUUCAGUCCUGUAAUGACACGGCAGCAUUGGCCACAGAUCGGCUUUAAAGGGUCAUUUUGCUGUGGGGGGAGGGGGCAGAUGUUAUUUUUGUUACUUUUAAUUUCCUGACUUGUUGAAUUUGGCAUUUAGUGUGUGAUAAAUUUGUGAAAUACUUAUUGUUUUGUAAAAAUCAAUCAACACAAACCAUUUUACUUGUUUCUUUUUGCUUUUGAUUUCUUUUUUUGCAAAAAAAAAAAAUUAAACACUCUUUGAUCUUA